UUUGCAAUAAUAUUCAAAUGAAUUGAUGAACGAAAAUUGUUUAAAAUGAGUAUAAAUACUCGUAAAGGGCCAAUUUACGAUCCUGGUGUGUGCAGAUGUUGUGGUGCUAUUAAAAAGUGUCGCCUAUUGAAUGUGGAAUACGAGUGGCAAGGACGAAAAGAAAUUUAUUCGGACAUGUUUGUUGAUUGUUUUGGUUUAUUGUUAUCACACUUGGACGGAGAGGCUGAGGGGCAUCUAAUAUGCGCGACAUGUGUGUCUCGGCUAAGGGAGGCGAGCUGCUUCCGUCAGCAGGUCCUUCAGUGUGAAGAGAAAUUGUUGAGAACGAAAAUUCAUGGUGAAGGUGAUCCGAACGAAGUCAAAAUGGAAACGAGUGUUAAGGAAGAGAUCAAUAUUAACCUUGACCUCGAUUAUCCUGAUGAUGCAGACCACGUUGAUAAUGAUACUGAAGAAAUGAAAGCCGAACCGGUUAAGAAACACAAGAGGAAAUUGAGACAGAAGUUGAAGUCAAAUAAAAAACGGAGAGGAGAGAAGAUAGAAGAUGAGCUGACGAAAGAAAUGUUGUACGACGCUCGGAGGCUUAACGAUAAGUUGAAAGAGAUGCAAGACUUGGAAUUGCCGGAUAAAUCCACGCAAUCGCAAAGGCUGAACGGUUACAAGACGAACGAGAACGCGAAAUCAUUCCAAAAUAUAUUGACGAUCGUCGAGAACUCGUACGCUUGCCCCUUCGACACAUCGUUCAGUGAUUACUUCUGCGUUUACUGCAGACAAGUCUUCACCGAUCCAAACAAACUUCGUGAACAUUCUAUGACUCACGAUCCCACCACGUUCAAAGACGUCCUCUCGAAUAGUUCGAGCAACAAAAAAGUCCAAAUAGACACGUUCAGGAUAGACUGUCGCAUCUGCCCAGAGAAUAUACAAGACUUGGACCAGUUCAAAGAACACAUAACGAACACUCACGCAAAAGUAUAUCACUCUGAUUCGAAUGAAUUCCUGAAGUUUCGACUCACCUCUGGCUCGUUGAGUUGCACAGAAUGUGGGGCCAAUUUUAGUUUCUUCCACGCAUUAAAGAAACACAUGGCGGAACAUUUCGGAACUUGCAUAUGCGAUAUAUGCGGUGCGCAUUAUUUCGAAGAGCGAAUGCUGGUCUUGCACCAGAAAACCCAUCAGCGUGUGGACGAGAGCUUCGCUUGCAAAGAAUGCGGGAAAACGUUCAAAUCGAAAUACACGAGGUAUAUUCAUAUCGCGAGGACUCACAAGAAGGAGGCUGCUUACCAGUGCAAUAAAUGUGAUGAAGUGUUUUUUUCGUACACAUUAAGGUAUCGUCACAUGAUUGAUAUUCAUGGGGAAGAGAGGACCUUUCAGUGCGAACAGUGUGACAGGGCAUAUGAUAGUAGGAAGUCUCUCCGCGAACACAAUAGAAGAUUCCAUUUAAAAAUACUAAAACACCAAUGCGAUUUGUGCGACAAACGUUUCUAUCUACCGUCGAGGCUGAAGGAACACAUGGCGAGUCACACUGGGGAAAGGAACUUCCGGUGUGAGUAUUGCGGGAAGAGUUACCCAAGGUUGAGGGGCUUGAAGGUCCACAUGCAAUCGCACAGCAGCGAGAAGAAAUAUAAAUGUGCGUUAUGUAAUGCAUCGUUCACGCAGAAUGUUAAUUUGAAGAAUCAUAUUAAAAGGCAGCACCAGGCUAUGGAUUUGGAAGAAAACUACCAUGAGUAGUGAAUUGUUUUUGUGUUUUUUAAUAAGAGAAGCUUAUCCAUCACAUUCUGAUUUCAUUUUUAACCCAAGGUUUUAAUUAUAGCACCUAUCACGGUAGCAUGCGCAAGCGAUACCGCGGCGCUCCUCGUUAAGACGGAAAGGGUACCGCUGAUUUUUUAGUGCGUAUUCCGAUGUCGGGGUGCACUCGGCACCUUGGACAAGCGCGAGCCCCACGAAAAAUAAAAGAAAGAAUAGCCUGUGAAUGUCCCACUGCUGGGCUAAAGGCCUCCUCUCCCUUUUUAAGGAGAAGGUUUGGAGCUUCUUCCAUCACGCUGCUUCAAUGCGAGUUGGUGGAAUACACAUGUGGCAGAAUUUCAGUGAAAUUAGACACAUGCAGGUUUCCUCACGAUGUUUUCCUUCAUCGUUAAGCACGAGAUGAAUUAUAAUAAGCUUCUAAGACUUCAUUUAUUAUGGAAAAUAAAUAUCUGAACAGAGAUUAUUGAGAAAAUCAAUAUAAUUAUCAACUGCACUUUAUGGGAAAUCACUUUUAAAUUCGUUUUCCUAAAAAGAGAAUUUGAAUUUAAAAUGUUUCUUUAUGGAAUAUAAAACUAUCAUAGAGUUCUAUGUUUUUCUAAAUG